UUCCUCCACGAAGGUCUCAAACAUCUCUGCCAAUCCCAGCAGCAAAGUUCAAAGGUCGCCUCUGGGAGUUUUAUAACCUUGUCAGGCCGAGGAAAGGUUUUGCUUCGUGCAGAGCGUGCACCAUGGAGGUCCUCUUCCAGAUGCUCUUCUCGCCGCUGCCCACGCCAGCCAUCGUCUCGCUGUUUGUGGUGGCGGCCGCGACCCUGUUCUACCUCAACACCAGGCCCGCCCCCAUAAGGUCCCCUGCCGACCUGGAGUGCCAGACCGUGGGCAUCAAGGAUGGAGCCAGGAAGAUUGCCUUGCUCAAGGACAACAACAACCUGCUGGCUUAUUACUAUGGCGACGCCAAGACCAUCUAUGAGGUGUUUCAGAGGGGGAUGAGAGUUUCAGGUAACGGGCCGUGUUUGGGCUCCAGAAAAGCCGGCAGGCCGUAUCAGUGGCUCAGGUACAGACAGGUGUCGGACAGAGCGGAGCAUCUCGGCUCGGGGCUCCUUCAGAGGGGCUUGAAGGCCAACCCAAACACUUUCAUAGGCAUCUUCGCUCAGAACCGACCAGAAUGGAUUAUCAGUGAGCUGGCCUGUUACACCUACUCCAUGGUGGCGGUCCCCCUUUACGACACCCUGGGUCCCGAAGCGCUCGUCUUCAUUAUCGACCAAGCGGACAUUUCCACCGUGCUGUGUGACACUCAGAAAAAAGCAGAGGCUCUGCUGCAGAACUGUGAGAUAGGACAGACUCCAGUCCUGAAAACUGUCGUUGUCAUGGAUCCCUUCGACACGGACCUGGUCCAGCGAGGAGCCAAGUGUGGCGUUGACGUGUUGGCCAUGCAGGAUGUGGAGGCUGCUGGGAAAAGUGAUCUUCAAAAGCCAGUGUUUUCUGCCUUCAGAAAGUUUGGACCUGAGGCUCUUUAUUGCUCAAGGGUGUUCUAUUCACUGCAGCCACCCAAGCCAGAAGAUCUCGGCAUAGUUUGCUUCACCAGUGGAACUACAGGGAACCCCAAGGGGGCGAUGCUGACCCAUGAGAAUGUGGUUGCUGAUGCUGCUGGAGUUAUCCAAACUUUUGAGACAUCCAUUGUUCCCAAUACUGAGGAUGUUAGCAUCUCCUUCCUGCCGUUGGCGCACAUGUUUGAGAGGGUGGUGCAGACUGUCAUGUACGGCGCUGGAGCUCGAGUGGGAUUCUUCCAAGGGGACAUUAGACUUCUGCCUGACGACAUGAAAACUCUGCAGCCCACUAUUUUUCCCGUCGUGCCUCGACUUCUCAACCGCGUCUAUGACAAAGUGCAGAGCGGUGCCGUGUCCCCUUUCAAAAAAUGGCUGCUCAACUUUGCAGUGGAAAGAAAGCUGGCCGAGGUGCGGGAAGGCAUUGUGAGGAACAACAGCAUCUGGGACAAGCUCAUCUUCCACAAAGUGCAGGAGUCUCUGGGUGGACGGGUACGAGUCAUGGUGACGGGGGCGGCGCCCAUCUCUCCUUCUGUUCUGGACUUCCUCCGGGCCUCUCUCGGUUGUCAGAUCUUCGAGGCCUACGGCCAGACUGAAUGCACGGCCGGCUGCACCUUCACCAUGCCGGGAGACGCCACCUCAGGACACGUGGGGGUUCCUCUGCCGUGUAACGUGGUGAAACUGGUGGACGUGGAAGAGAUGAACUACUUUGCCUCCAAUGGUGAAGGCGAGGUGUGCAUCAAGGGUAACAACGUGUUCAAAGGCUACCUGAAGGACCCGGAGAAGACCGCUGAGGCUUUGGAUCAAGACGGCUGGCUCCACACUGGAGACAUUGGAAAAUGGCUGAAGACUGGAGUUCUGAAGGUUAUUGACCGCAAGAAGAACAUCUUCAAGCUGGCCCAGGGUGAAUAUAUCGCACCAGAGAAGAUUGAAAAUGUCUACGUGCGCAGCGCACCUGUGGCUCAGGUCUUUGUGCACGGAGACAGUCUACAGGCCUUCCUGGUCGCAGUUGUGGUUCCUGAUCCCGAGGUUUUGCCGAGUUUUGCCCAGAAUCUGGGCUGCCAGGGCUCCAUGGAAGAACUGUGCAGCAACAAGGAAGUGAAGAAGGCCGUUCUGUCCGACAUGAUCAAUCUGGGAAAAGAAGCAGGACUGAAGUCCUUUGAGCAGGUGAAGGCAGUCUACCUCCACCCGGACCAGUUCACCAUCGACAACGGCCUCUUGACCCCCACACUGAAAGCCAAGCGGGCCGAGCUCAAGGCUUUCUUCCGCAUGCAAAUUGACCAGCUCUAUGCGCAAUAAAAAGUCUUCAUGCA